UAGGGCGCAUCUGACGUGUGGCCACGGAAUUCACUGUAAACGUCUCCGAGAUGAACGCAUGUACAUGAUUCGCGCUGUAAUACUUUUUUCCUACCGACAGAAUUAAAAGGCAAACAAAGCAGAAAUAUGCUGGCGGAGUAUUCCGUAAAAUACGAUGGAGAAUACCUUGGGAUCAAUUUGAAUCAUCUAUUAUUUCUGAGAAUCAUUCAUCUGAUUUGAAGAUUAUACCGUUUUACAAGCUGACGUAACAAUAUUACAAUGAAAGGAUACAUUUUCUUACGGUUUAUGAAAGUCUCAAUACUGUACUGUCACCAGGGGGCAUGCAUACAGUAAUACACUUCAGGAAACAUUAUUAGUUUAGCAUUUUUUUUUUUUAGGAGUGCAAUUCAAAUGCAACCGGAAUCGUUCGGGGGAGUUUUUGGGGUGUCGCUUCAUGUCCAUGUCUUCUGAACAGCACUGAAACGGCAAGCUAUUUUGAGGGAUUUCGGAGUGCAAUUUGGUUGCAGCAUAUCUGCAGCCCUGCUCUCUCCAGCGUUGUUGUGAAUUGAUCUAACAUGGCGACGGUACCAGUCUAUUGCAUCUGUAGAUUACCUUACGACGUAACCCGAUUUAUGAUCGAAUGCGAUGCCUGUAAGGACUGGUUUCACGGCAGCUGCGUUGAUGUGGAAGAAGACGAAGCACCAGACAUUGACAUCUAUCACUGUCCAAACUGUGAGAAAACCCAUGGCAAAUCCACUUUGAAAAAGAAAAGGAACUGGCACAAACAUGACACGGGGCAAAGUACAGACGUCAAGCCAGUUCAGAAUGGCAGUCAAGUGUUCAUAAAGGAGCUUCGAAGUAGGACAUUCCCAAGUUCUGAUGAUGUGCUCACGAAACUGAGUGGAAGUCAGUUGACGGUAGAAUAUCUGGAGGAGAACGGAUUCACAGAACCUAUACUGGUUCCAAAAAAAGACGGUCUUGGAAUGUCUGUACCUCCACCAACGUUUUACGUCAGUGAUGUAGAGAACUAUGUUGGCCCAGAAAGAGCUGUAGAUGUCAUUGAUGUUACCAAACAGACAGACAGCAAGAUGAAGCUCAAGGAAUUUGUUGAUUACUACUACAGCACAAACAGGAAACGAGUAUUAAACGUGAUAAACCUGGAGUUUUCAGACACAAGGAUGUCCAGUAUCGUGGAAAGUCCACAGAUUGUCAGGAAACUGUCCUGGGUGGAAAAUUACUGGCCAGAUGAUGCACUGUUGGGAAAACCCAAAGUGACAAAAUACUGCUUGAUCUGUGUGAAGGACAGCUACACAGACUUCCACAUAGACUCAGGGGGAUCUUCAGCUUGGUACCACGUACUCAAAGGGGAGAAAAUAUUCUUUCUGAUCAAACCCACAUCUGCCAACAUGUCCUUGUACGAACAUUGGCAGUCCUCUUCGAACCACAGUGAAAUGUUUUUUGCCGAUCAAGUAGACAAGUGUUACAAGUGCAUACUCAAACAAGGUCAGACGCUAUUUAUUCCUUCAGGCUGGAUUUCUGCUACAUUGGCCCCAGUGGACUGCUUGGCCUUUUCUGGUCACUUUCUUCAUAACCUGAGUAUUGAAAUGCAGAUGAGAGCUUAUGAAGUGGAAAAACGACUAAAGAUUGGCAGCCUGACCCCGUUUCCAAACUUUGAAACUGCGUGCUGGUAUGUGGGCAGGCAUCUGCUGGAGAGAUUUAAAGGUUUACACAAAGCUGGAAAGCAGCCUGCUCCUUACUUAGUACAUGGUGCCAAAAUCCUCAAUGGAGCUUUUAGAUCGUGGACAAGAAAACAGGCCCUUCUUGAACAUGAGGAUGAACUCCCGGAAAAUAUGAAGCCAGCACAACUCAUAAAGGACCUUGCCAAAGAGAUAAGAAUUUCAGAGAACGUGUCUAAAGCCAUCAAGCUGGAACCGAGCACCAACAUACCUGCAGAAGAGGCUCUUCCUGUGGAGCCAGAGGAGCCCGUUUCUCCUGUGCACAUUCCCACUCCACCCAGGGAGAAACCCUCCAGGAAAAAGGCCCCAAAAACCAACAAGACCCCCAGACCCCCAAAGACCCCCAAAGCGAAGGAAGGAGGAAAGAAGAGAGGGAAAAAAUUGAAAGAGAGCCCGACCCCACCCACAGCGCCUAGCUUGGAUGUCCUGGAGACACACACGAAGGAGACCUUAAUGAAAGUGGAAACGCCAAAGAAAGGGAAGGCCUCAAAGAAUGUAAUAGGCUUGCCUGAGAAAGACGUCUUAAAUAAGCAAAACGAUGUCGAUAAGUUUGAAAUCCGAGAACAAAACAAGAAUAAAACGGAAGCAAAAUGGAAGUACAAGAACAGCAAACCAGAUUCUUUGUUGAAAAUGGAAGAAGAACAAAAAUUGGAAAAGACCCCACUAUCAGGAAAUAAAGACAAUAAAUUCGCCUUUUCAUUUUCAAAUAAAAAGCUAAGCUCUAAAGGGCUCAAACCCCAGAUGAAUUCAAGUGUAUUUGGAUCAUUGCAAAACUUCAAAGAGGAUAAAGCCAAACCAGUCAGAGAUGAGUAUGAGUAUGUCUCAGAUGAAGGAGAACUGAAAAUCGAUGAGUUCCCAAUCAGAAGAAAAAAGAAUGUAGCUAAAAGAGACCUAUCAUUUAUAUCAAAUGUCAAAGAACCCAGUCAACAGGCUAAAAAACCAAAGCUUCUACCUACAGUUCCCAAGAGUGAUGAAUCAUCAGAUGAAGAAUCCCUUCACAUAGAUACAGAAGUAAAGCCAGAAGUCAAAUGUCGUAAUUCAAAGGUCAAGAAGGAGAGCGGUAGUGCAGCAGGAAUUUUGGACCUUUUGCAGGCUAGCAAGCAAGUGGGUGGAAUUGACUACAGUGCCAACAGUCAGCCACCUGCAUCCCCCAGCACACAGGAAGCCAUUCAGGGCAUGCUGUCAAUGGCCAACCUCCAGUCUUCAGACUCCUGCCUACAAUCUUCCUGGACCAACAACCAGUCCAAGAACAACUCCCACUCCGCGCAGUCCUCCAAGAAGACGGGGAACAAGCGUCCCACCAAGCGUCCGAUGAAGAAGAGCAUGAAGAGCAGCAGUGUGGACAGUGUGGAAAUGUUUGACGACGAGCAGGAUAACCUUGGAGCAUGCUUCAAGGACUCCGAUUAUGUUUACCCGUCGCUAGAGUCCGAUGAAGAUAACCCCGUUUUUAAAUCCAGAUCGAAGAAAAGGAAAAGUUCCGAUGACACUCCCUACAGCCCAACAGCGCGAGUUGGGCCUUCAGUGCCGAGGCAGGACAGGCCGGUUCGCGAGGGGACACGAGUGGCUUCCAUAGAAACCGGGCUGGCGGCUGCAGCCGCCAAACUCUCCCAGCAAGAACAACAGAAGACCAAGAAGAAGAAGAGCACUAAAAAGAAGCCUUCAUCAGAUGAUUCAAGUAAAAUUUCUCAGGACAGCAGCUCACCGGAGCAGAAGUUGGACUCCCACCCCAGCAGCCUGGCAGAUCACGAGUACACAGCUGGGACAGCCAAGACUCCAGGAGGCCCCCAGCCAAUGGCCCCAGGAGUAUUCCUCACACAGAGGCGGCCCUCUACUUCAUCUCAGAACAACGCCUCAGCCAAAGCCAAACGGCUAAAGAAAGGCAUGGCUACUGCCAAACAGAGACUUGGAAAGAUUUUAAAGAUUCAUCGGAAUGGAAAACUUCUUCUGUAGCUUCUACAGCUCAAGGCUGGGACUAAUUCAUGGUAUACCAGGCAUAUUGACCUAAUCCUGACACCGUUCCUAUUCACUGAUUACAGACUUCAACAGCAACCUGAAACAUAUGAGGAAGAGAACAGGUUUCAUUUUUAUUUUCAGUUUCUAAGAAAAAUAUAGAUCAGAUAGGUUUUUGCCUCUACAUAUACUUUAUAACUUUCAGAUAUUAAAGUGUACAGGAUAUGUGCUAUAAAUAUUUUUUAAGAAAACGAUGUGCGUCUCAUUUUACUGAACUUGUCAGUCUACCAAGGAUUGCUAUCCAGCAUUGCAGAUCAUUCCAAGAUCUAGAAAGUAUCCCUUGCGUUCAUAUUGUCGCAUGUUUGUUAAAAAAAAAAAUAUUGGUGGUUUCUGGAAUUCACACACUCUUGGCUUGUCAUCAUCUUACAGUGUCUUAGAAAAUAUAGUUUGGUGUUGGGAAUGGGGAUGUUUAAAUUGGUAAUGAAUGCCCCCCCCUACACACACACAAGCAAUUACUGCAGAAUCAUCCUCUCCUCCUACGUUAUUCAACUUGAAAGCAUUAAAACGAUAAUUAUUUCUUUUUUACAAAGCACUGUCACUGAGAACAUAUUGUUAUAUAUAUUUAAGAUGUACUUAUGAGACUAAAAAUGCACUUAUUUAGAUUACUAUAAAGCACUAAGGGGAGGAAAUUGAGACGCUUUGGCGGUUUGUAAAACAGAGAACGGUUCAGUUCACAAGUGGUCAGUGUCAGUAUAGGGUGGCCCUUUAGAUAAGAUUAGGAUGAAAUUAUUUGUCAUGAUCAUGAUGACCAUGGUACUCAGGCUAAAACAGCUCAGUAGAGGUUAAGAAACUUUCUGCACAGUUAAGAGUACCUCUUGAGUCAUGGAGCCAUUAAUGAUGAACAAGUAAAAAUAUAUAUAUAUAUAAUUGGUAACUGAGAAGAAAAAAUACCAUGGAGACCUUUGUAAAAAAACAUGGUACAGUAGGCUUUUAAUUAACACUCAUGUCAUUUCUAGGAUUAAUAUGACUCAUAAAGCCAAAUAUCUUUUGUUCUGUAAAUAUAAUAUUUUAUAUUAGCAUAUUUCAAAUACAAUCAUGAAGAACCUGUAAUUCUACAGUAAAUAUUGUUCGUAAAACUACAUAGAGCCCCCAAAACAUAGGAUGUAGGUUUCCUUUAAAGGAAAAUCACAGCAGUUGCUGUGACUAUUUAAAACAAGACUUGACAAUUGGGCAUCUUCAUCAUCUCUCUCGCAGAAGCAAAAAGAACAGGAAAAAGAAAAACAUCAACAGUAACCUAACACAACCACUUAUGAAUUUGCACAAAAAAUAAAACUGACAGCAGGAAAAAAAAAGCCUACCCCAGUCUCACAGUUGUGUGGUUUAAUUGAUGUGCCAUGAGCAGUUGUUAAAUAGCAAUGUGGCGCUUGAUAGAAAUGUUAAAAAAGGACUGUGGUGUGAUGCUUUAAUACUAAAGCAAAGAAGUGAAUUAUGUUUUUAAUAAUGUACAAUUUUAAUAGAUGUCAGCUGUGUCUGUAUUUCAUACUCAUUUAUAGUGUUGAUGUUACACGUUUCCCUUGAUGAGGGACUGUUACAUGCUUUUUGAUAUCAGUAUUACAGGUAAGUCACCCUUAGAAUGGGUGUUAAGAAAGAGCAGAUUUGCAUAUUUUUUAUAAAUGCUGACAGUAUGAGAAUUUCCAGAAAAUAUUUCUCACUAUGAAAACACUAGAUGCUUGUAAGUUUUUCACUGGGACAUAGUUUUACUGACAAGCCUCAUUCUGCAGCCUUUGGCUUUUAGUGCUAUACAGGGAUACUUUCUAAUUCAAAAGUUGUUUCUCAGGCAACACCAAAAGUAUAGAUUUAAAUAUGCAUUUUUAUUGCAUUGCAGUAUGUAGAAUGUAGCUUGUAAAUAGCUUUUUAAAUUACUACUUUUUGUAACAAAAGUUUUCUUUUCUUAUUGAUACUUCAUUCUACAUUUUUACAAGUUUUUUGCUAUUUAAUAACAAAAUCUCUAUAUAUAUAGUCUUUACUUUUUCAAUUUGUUAGCUACACUUUAGGAAUAUUUUUUUUUUUAGUUUUGUUUUUUAGAUUGAGGUGUUGCCUGAAAAACAAAACAUGAAACUUAGUAUGGCCUUACACACAAAAAAAAACAAGUGUACAUAUUCACUGAUGACAAGAGAUGAAGCUUUUGAAGAAAAAAAAAUCUGUUUUUACAACCAGCUUCUUGUUCAAGUUCUCGUAACCUGAUGGGAUUCAAAAUUAUUUUACUAGCACCUUGUGAAGUGUUUUCUGUGUCCGUGAUGUAAUUUAUUAAUGUUUGUAGCUUUUUAUAUUUGUACAUUUCUUAAGAGCUUUGUUUUUAAAUAUUUUAUCAGCCUGUGAAAGUCUUCUUUUAGGAAUCUGUAACAUUAACUACAAUAAUGGAGGUCUGAGGCCUUGUUUAUUUUUCUCAGGCGCUCGGAAAUUGGUUUUAGGACCGAAAUACACUCUUCUUUAUGUUAUUUUUGUUUUGUUUUUAAGGCCCUGCCAGUUAUUUUACAGGGCCACAGUUAGAAAUGUUCACUUACGACAUGUUAUUAUAAUUAUGAUUAUUGUUACUGUUAUAAUUAUUGUUGUUAUUAUUAUUAAGCAGCUAUGUGGUAUAACCCUGCCAUCAUGCCUUUUAUUUCGGUAAAAUGUACAUUUCUAACCAGGUUUACUGCGGGUAUCUAUUGCAGUGUUUUAGUUACCAAUGGAAAUCUUGUAUCAGCUCCUCAGAAUUUAAAUACACACAGAUCAAAUUUUAACAAUUGAACUAUUUCAGGUUUUUUGUACAAAAUGUGUGUUGCUUUGUUGUGGUUUAUUUUUAUAUGUUCAAUUCAUUAAAUUUAUCCGCUGUAUUGUA